AUGUACGUCAUAAACACGGCACAUAUAGCACACACACACGCACGACGCGAGGCACACAUGAACCUCCCGAAACCGAAAAAGUCCUCAUCAAACGUACCACUCGCGUUCGCGUUAACUUUUUUCGCCUCGCUCACCUUCGCCUUCCCUUUAUACGUGUCGCACAACCCGUCCAAUCCUCUUUCCACGAGCGAAAAAUCCUUGUCCUCGGCGGCGAUACGAAGAGGCGUGUUCAUGAACAGCGGGAGCAAAGACGUCGGGUACGAUCCGACCACGGACGUGGACACGAUGCAUUCAAAAAAGAAAAAGAAAUGA